AUGGCUCCAAUGAACCGGCCAGCCCCGGUGGAAGUCACAUACAGGAACAUGAAAUUUCUUAUUACACACAGUCCAACCAGUGCAACCUUCAACAAAUUUAUAGAAGAACUUAAGGAAUAUGGAGUUACUACAAUAGUAAGAGUAUGUGAAGCAACCUCCAACACUGCUCUUCUGGAGAAAGAAGGCAUCCAGGUGCUGGAUUGGCCUUUUGAUGAUGGUUCAUCACCAUCUAACCAGAUUGUUGAGGACUGGUUAAGUCUUGUCAACAUUAAAUUUCGUGAAGAACCUGGUUGUUGUAUUGAUGUUCACUGUGUUGCAGGUCUUGGGAGAACUACAGUGCUUGUUGCCCUAGCACUAAUUGAAGAUGGAAUGAAAAAUGAACAUGCAGUACAGUUUAUAAGACAAAAGUGGCAUGGAGCUUUUAACACUAAGCAACUUCUGUAUUUGGAGAAAUACUGUUCUAAAAUGCGGCUGUGCUACAAAGCCUCCAGUGGUCAUAGAAACAAUUGUUACAUUCAAUAA